AUGUUUCAGUCGAAUUAUUUAUUAGGAUUGCUCUUUGUUAUUUCUGUCGUACGGGCAACCCCAGUGACUAUUAAUUCUGGUAAAUUAUUCUAUCAAUUGAGGAUAUUUUUAGACGAUGACAAUCAAAAUGGAGAUGUGGUGUAUGUAUUCAAUAUUUAUUCUGUUAGAAAUAUGAAGACCAAAGAAAUAGCUAAAAUGAUUGAUCAAAAACCACUGGAGAAAGUAUCUGCCAAAUUUGAUCCGAUAGGAACAUUUAUGGUAGCCGACCCGGAAGGUAAUGAGCCAUUCACUCUAGAAGAUUUCGGGGACUUUAUAGAACAGUGGGGAGCGACGGUAGAAAAAUUGAACGAGGGAAAAGAAUUAACAGUGAUAGAAGUUAAGUUUGACCCGAAUUGGGAAGACUACGAUGAAAUAUUAGACAUCGAGGAACUGAUGAGAGCUCUCCGAGCCGAAGGAAUUAUUAUGACAGUAACCCAAGACAAAGAUAAUAUUAUUUUUGAAAUAGAGCUCGACGCGACAAUAAAGGAUCCAGAGGAUCAGCCGUUCACGCUCAAGGAGCUCGCCGAGUACUUCAGAGACGAAGGACUGAAUGUCGAGGCUGUCGGGUACGACGGUGUUAUCAAGACUGUGAGAAUAACUUUCGGCCUUCCUGAGCAGUCGACAGAGCAGGAGGAUUAUCAAGUCACGGAAAAACACGAUCGGCAACUGGUCACCCCGAAAACCGUCGACGCUCCGCAGAAAAAAGAUGACCGGCCUUAUAAAAUAGAUAACUCUAUGGACAAUGCGAUCGAUCGCAGCUUUGAUAAGAAAAUGGAGAGGAAGGAAGAGCACUAUGAUGAUAAAUUCAAUAUGGUUAAUUUUAUUACACGAACUAGGAAACGACGGUCAGCUGAUGCCUGUGGCACCGCUGAAUGCCAAGUUGGUAAUUUAAUUAAAGAAAUCGUCAACAAAUACGAGCUCGCUAAUUAA